UGAUGUAAGGGAAUAUGUUCGGACUUGUGAUGCAUGUCAACGUAGGGGGGGACCUACUAAACAUGAAUAUUUACAUCCUAUUAAAGUCGGACAACCCUUUGAUAGAUUAGGAAUGGAUAUUGUUGGACCUUUACCUGAGACAAGGAAAGGAAACAAGUAUAUGGUUGUGGCAACUGAGUAUUUAACUAAGUGGCCAGAAGCUAGGGCAAUCCCUGACGCCAAAGCUGCUUCGGUGGUGCAAUUCUUUUAUGAAGAUAUUAUAAGUCGUCAUGGUUGUCCUAAGAUAUUGUUGACAGACCAAGGAACUCACUUUGUUAACCAAAUGUUGGAUGAACUAUGUCGAGUGAUGGGAAUUAAACAUAAAUUAUCAUCGGCAUAUCAUCCACAAACAAAUGGAUUGGUUGAGAGAUUUAAUAGGACGCUUUGCGAAGCAUUGGCCAAGUAUGCGGCCACCUAUAAAGAAGAUUGGGAUAUAUAUUUACCUUCGGUAUUAUUUGCUUAUAGAACAAUGAUACACAGUACUACUAGACAUGAACCUUUUUAUUUAACCUACGGGAGAGAAGCAAUAUUUCCAAUUGAAUUACAAAUUCCUACUUACCCUACGGAAGUUAGUAGUGAAGAACAAAUAGAAGAAUUAUUAUUAAAAAGA